GUGAGGAGACAAGGACUGAGAACAUGAAGCUUGUUGCAGUGACAGAAUCCUGUGAAAGAGUGGAACCAUGUAGGAAAAUACCUGAUUUCAUGGAGACUCAUCACGUGGUCAUUAACUUGGAAAAGCAGCAGAACAAUCCCCAGGGUACAGCUGACUAUAAAUGCUCUGGCCUGACUGAAAGUGCAAGUCCCCACCCAGGAGGAAAGCACUGUGAAUCAGAAGUGUGUCAGAGUUCUGUUACCACAUGUCAGGAAAUGUUCUCCAGAGAAAAAGGUCAUCAGUGCCAGGAGUGUGGCAAAGUCUUUCAGAGGAGUUCACACCUCAUCAGACAUCAGAAAAUCCAUCUCGGUGAGAAACCUUAUCAGUGCAAAGAAUGUGGGAAAGUCUUCAGCCAGAACACAGGUCUUUUGGAACACCUCCGAAUCCAUACUGGAGAAAAACCUUAUCUGUGUAUCCAUUGUGGGAAGAACUUUAGGAGAAGUUCUCACCUCAAUCGACAUCAAAGAAUCCACAGUCAGGAGGAACCCUGUGAGUGCAAGGAGUGUGGGAAGACCUUCAGCAAAGCCCUGCUGCUCACCCACUAUCAGAGAAUCCAUAGUCACUCCAAAAGCCAUCGGUGCAAUGAAUGUGGAAAAGCCUUCAGUUUGACCUCAGACCUUAUUCGACAUCACAGGAUUCACACAGGAGAAAAACCGUUCAAAUGUAAAUUAUGCCAGAAAGCCUUCCGACUAAACUCACACCUUGAUCAGCACUUAAGAAUCCACAAUGAAGAAAAAACGUAUGAGUGUAGUGAGUGUGGAGAAGCCUUCCGGCAAAAGUCAGGUCUCUUUCAGCAUCAGAGACUUCGCCACAAAGGCAAACUGGCAUCAUGAGGUAUUCUCUCCUUGUCCGUUAUCAGAGAGGAUACAUGCCAGGAGAUAGCAUUUUAUGAAAUGUACCUCUAGCAACUCUGACAUUAGGCAAUUCUUGGAGGCCAAUUUGAAAGCUGUUUGUCUCUAUUUCCUCUCCUUGUUUUCCUUGAAGUAAUUUUUGGACAAUAUUUCCCAGAGCUUUUAAAAUGAUAAAUGCAUGAUUAUAUAUCUCCAAAUAAUAACCUCAUUACUGAAUAAAGGCUUUGAGU